GGCUAGGUUGGCCGAUUGACGGAAGCGCGAGCGGAACCUUCAUGAAGUUUCGCUGCGGUGGCGGCGACGCCGAUAAUAUUGAAAAUGUGAAACCAUCGGAAGCGGCGGCCGAGUCUACCCAACCGCAGCCUGGAUUGAGCAGAGCGGCCGCUUGCCAGAGGUCGUGCAGCUCCGCUCGAGAUACAAGACUCUUAGCCGCCUGUGGCCGGGGAAAACGCGAGCCCUCCGGGAGAAAGGAACCACCACGGUUAGGGAGGAGGAGAGACACAAAAACAGAUAUAUUUAGGAGCAGGGAAACACACCAGGAGGAGGGAGAGAGACACCGACAGAUAUAACUAAGUGAAAGGCAGUCUCCCUUCUCUCUUCAUAUACACGUUCACAAAAACACACCAGAAGGACGCAUUCUUGUGUAAUUUUUCCAGGGGCAGAGAGGGAGAAACCGACUGUCACCUUGGUUAGAGGAAGAGCCACAUACAUCCGCACUCCGGAGGAUCAAAGAGUAACCCGAAGAGAGCGCGGUAUUAACUCCUCCUACGGAAAAGAGACGACUUUGGGAAGGAGAGUCAGAUAAAAGGGUUAAACAGUGUUACUGAACCCCCGCACCCAGGAACAGAGAGCAAGAAUGUGGGUUCGGGGAUAGACGCAGUGGCAGAGAGCUCAGUGAGAUAUCACUUAAUCGAUUUAUUACAGUCGAAAAUCCGUGUAGCAAUAGCAUUCGGAGGAGUGGAGGAACAUUUUGCUUUGGGUCCUGGUACCUUUCUUCUGCUGCUCUUUUUUAGUCCUUAUUGAUAACCAUGGGCCUACCGGCACUUGAGUUCAGUGAUUGCUACCUAGACAGUCCACAAUUCCGGGACAAAAUCAAAUCUCAUGAAGCAGAGCUGGAAAAAACAAAUAAGUUCAUUAAAGAUCUGAUUAAAGAUGGAAAAGCAUUGAUUCAGGCAAUGAAAAAUCUGUCUGUUGCAAAGAAGAAGUUUGCCGAAUCUUUAAAUGAAUUUAAGUUUCAGUGUAUUGGAGAUGCAGAGACAGAUGAUGAGAUCCAUAUAGCGAGGUCACUUCAGGAGUUUGCAGGAGUUCUAAGGAGCCUUGAAGAUGAGCGGGGUCGUUUGAUUGAGAAUGCUGGAGAUGUUUUAAUCAGUCCAUUGGAAAGAUUUCGGAAGGAGCAGAUUGGAGCUGCAAAGGAAGCAAAGAAAAAAUAUGAUAAGGAAACAGAAAAGUAUUGCAAUGUGCUAGAAAAACAUUUAAAUUUGUCAUCAAAGAAAAAAGAUUCUCAUCUUCAAGAGGCAGACAGUCAGGUUGAUGUCGUCCGACAGCACUUCUAUGAAGUGUCACUGGAAUACGUAUUCAGAGUGCAUGAAGUGCAAGAACGAAAGAUGUUUGAGUUUGUGGAACCAUUGCUUGCAUUCUUGCAAGGACUCUUCACAUUUUAUCAUCAUGGCUAUGAACUGGCAAAAGACUUUGGACAUUUUAAAACUCCACUUCAGAUCAGCAUUCAGAAUACACGGGACCGUUUUGAGGGUACACGGUCUGAAGUUGAAUCAUUAAUGAAGAAAAUGAAGGCAAACCCUCAGGAACAUCAGAGCAUCAGCCCAUACACAAUGGAGGGUUACCUCUUUGUGCAGAAAAAAAGUCCUUUUGGAUCCAGUUGGGUGAAGCACUACUGCACGUAUCAAAAAGAAGCCAAGAAGGUUACAAUGGUGCCAUUUGACCAAAAAACUGGAGGAAAAAUAGGUGAUGAAGAAACAUUUACCUUAAAGUCAUGCAUUAGGAGAAAAACUGAUUCUAUCGAGAAGAGAUUCUGUUUUGAUGUGGAAGGAGUAGACAGGGCAACCACGAUCACCAUGCAGGCACUUUCUGAGGAGGACAGAAGACUGUGGAUAGAGGCCAUGGAUGGCAGAGAGCCAGUGUACAACUUGAAUAAGGACAAUCCAAUAAGUGAAGGCGCUGCCCAACUGGACAAAGUUGGAUUUGAUUUGGUGAAGAAAUGUAUUCGUGCUGUUGAAGAAAGAGGUAUAAAUGAACAGGGCCUAUAUCGAAUAGCUGGUGUUAACUCCAGAGUUCAAAAGCUAUUAGGUUUAUUAAUGGGAUCAGUUGAUGUCGAUCUGGAGACUUCAACUGAAUGGGAGAUAAAGACUAUUACUAGCACGCUUAAACAUUACCUGAGAGUGCUCCCAGCUCCAUUGAUGACAUUCCAGUUACAACACAGCUUUAUCAAAGCAGCCAAAUUGGAUCAUCCAGAAUCGAGACUUUCAGAGAUUCAUAAAUAUGUGCAUCGGCUCCCAGAAAAGAACAGAGCCAUGUUGGAAAUAACAAUCAAACAUUUGGCAAAGGUGUCCAAAAACCACAAACAAAAUCUGAUGACUGUGGCAAACUUGGGUGUGGUGUUUGGACCAACUCUGCUUAGACCAAAGGAAGAAACUGUAGCAGCAAUCAUGGAUAUCAAGUUCCAGAAUAUAGUUGUUGAAAUUCUAAUAGAAAACCAUGAACAGAUUUUUCAGAUAGUACCAGAAACUACCACAAUUCAACCAAAUGUAACAUUGAGUUCUGCACAAAGGAAGAGUUUUGAAUGUAAGCCUCCCUUAUGUAGCCAGAGGCCUUUAAUGCUGUUUCCAGAAAAUUCGAAUGAAAAUGCAGAGAAGCAGAAAAACAUUACAAACUCCAGUACUGAAUCUGUGGUCAUCGCUGCUGUGAACGCUUCAUUGAAUGCUAAAACUCAUCGACAAAGUGUGCAUAGCCUUGGCUCUUGUGACACUGAAACUUCUACAGUGAAACUAGAACGACCCAAUUCUCUGGCUGUGUGGUCAAGUUAUGCAACUUUAUCAGCUAGAUUCCGCAAAAGGUUAAACUCCAAAAGAAAACCCAAUCUUACUAGUCCUCUCCCUCCCAGUCCCAGCUCACCAUUAUCACCCUCGUGGCCCAUGGUUUCAGCACCUUCAAGUCCAGUACCUGUUUCCUCAACCUCCAGCGACUCCUCCCCUCUCAGUAUCCAGUGUCGCAAAGCUCGAGCCUUGUAUGCAUGUAAAGCAGAGUAUGACUCAGAAUUAUCCUUUAGUGCUGGAACCAUGUUUGAAAAUGUUGUGUGUUUUGCAGUUCAUUCAUCCAAAGAACCUGGUUGGCUUGAAGGAACAUUGGAUGGGAAAACUGGACUAAUUCCGGAAAAUUAUGUUGAGUUUCUAUAGCCAAAGGUGCAAGACAUUAUUUCGGAGCAUUACAUGGUAUCCAUGGCAAUGUGCGAAGACUUCAACAAGAUUUUAGCUUUUAAGGUUUUACUUCUAUUGCAGAAAUGCAAUAAGGAACCAUUUGUGAACUGGAGAUAGAUGAUUAACUUCAACCCUAGCUUCUACUGUCCCGUAGUGUUGAUUUGAUUCACUGUUAAUUUAUCGAACCAGAGCCUGUAAUUAUUUCUGAAGGAUUUGUUUUAAUUCAAACAGUCCCUGGUUUCCUAAAUUGGGGUUUAUUUUAUCUGAACAAUGCCAUAUCAUGUAUAUAAUGUAGAUAUUCAUUCUAUGAAGCUGGUGGCGAAUGUAAUCAAUAUGAUGUAGGCAGUGUGUUACAGUUUUUCCUUUGCAAAGUAUCUGUUAGUUUGCCAUUUUAUUUAAAGAUGUUUCCAUCAUUGACCAAAAAUUAAGCUGGUCAUACUACUUAUCUACUAACAAGGAUUUCUCCCAAAUGAACUGUAGGAAUCACAUGCUUAUAGAAUUGUGAUAAUGCAUACCAGAGGUACAAAGGGCUUAGAAUGGUGACAUCAGAUGGUCAAAUUUUAUACUGAGAUAAAGCUUACACCACUGUCUAUAUAAUUAUUUUUAAAUCUUAAUCACUAUGGGAAACAUUUUGUUUUUUUUUCAAAUUAUAUAUUCAUUUGUGAUAUUUGCAUGAGAUUUGUUUACAGAAAAAAUUAUUGCCCUCUGAUGUAAAAGAAUUGGAUUUUAAGAAUGUGUUACUGGUUUUAAUAAAAAUGUUUGUAUAACAUUUUUAAAAAUGACAAUCGACCAAAAAGUGAGAUGUUUCAAACUAUCUCCAUAUCAGAAUUUAUUUUUAACUGCUGAAAAAUGAAUUGUGAGCAAAAAUAUAUGAUUUAGCAAUCUUCUUUUUCUUGCUUCUAAAGUUGGAGAAGCUAUGCUUGUGCCAAUUCCUAAAAAAACACAUCUAGUCUGGUUUCAGAUAAAUGCACUGAUUUCAGACUGUCUUUGAAACCUGUAAUUUCAAACACAGCAACAACAAAAACAAACAUUUUAUUUUUCCAGGUGCAAAUAAGAAAAGGUUCCAUAAUCAGAAUGUACAUCCAUUAAAAGGCUGAACCUACUACAUUGGUUUGACAGUGACCAUAAGUAAAGAGUUAUAGCAGUGUCUGUUUAGGACAAGCUUUAUGUUAAUUUAGUCAUCCUGCAAAUUUAGCUUUUUAAGGGGUCAUUGGGCUUUGAACAGCUAGGAAGGAACAGGAUGAAAAGAUUGAGGGAAAGAAAAAUCUGGGAGAAGAAAAGGAAAGCUUUCAUGAUCUGUCAUUCUUCUACUUGAUUCGAACUGAACAAAAUAUGUAUCAAAUGAAGAUUGAGGUUUGUUUUAUUUUAAAUGGAUAUUGUGUUUUGAGGGAUAUUUUUGCUUUUUAAAAUUACUAAACUCCUCAUUACUAACUUAAAUAAUUAAUGGCAAGCUUGCUGAAUCCAGUUGGUUGUGAUAUCCAGAGUUUUGUGUGAUUUUGCAGCAGUGGUUAAUGUGCCUUCCAUGUGGUUCACUGUAACAAAAUUAUUGCUAGAUAGCUCAUCUCUUUCAAAAACAUAUUGUUAUCAAAGCCGCAUCACUUUGCAUUGUCUGUACUUACCUUCAGAUGAAAAUAAAGUUAUU